AUGAGAACAUCAUUUGGAAUCCUCCUAGCCGCUAGUGCUGUCGCCCUCACUGCUGCCCAAUCAGGCACUAGCGUACCAACACUCACAGGCACUGGUCCCCUCCCAACAGCCAUUGCCUCCGCAGCCUCCUCCAUUGCCACAACUAAUGUCAACAUCAAUGUGAACCCCACCCCCUCCGUCAUCGCCUCCGGAUCCGGAGCUGGCCCUGUCCCUUCUGCAACUGGCGCGCCCUCACCUGCUUCAUCCUCCGCCGCCGGGGGUGUCGUAGUCCAGAUCCUCCCCGGACCAAAUGGUGUAGGAGCUACACCAGUUGUCCAGGGCCCUAACGGUCCGGAGCCAGUGCAGCUAGUAUUUGGACCAGGCGGGAAGCCCGUUAUCCAGGGUGCGAAUGGGUUGAUUCCCGUAGCGAGCAUCAUUGGGCCCAACGGACAGCCUCUGCAGCCUGUGCAGCAGAGUGGCUCCGGCCCUAGUCCUACUGGUUCUGGUGCACCAGGGGCUCCAGGCACCACAGUAUCGCCAACAGGGCUGGUUGGACAAGGCGGAUCCGGAUACUACGAUUCUGGUGCGUCGACGGUGAAGGGAACGAGCGUUAUCGUUGCUGCAGCAGCUAUGGUGGCCGUAUUCAUGAUGUAA